CUGCAAUGGCUUUGUCUGGUAGUGUGCUUCAACUGAGUGAAAACCAUGGUGCUAGGGUUUCCCAUGCGGGUGAAACUUACUCCUCUUUAAUUAUAUGAACGCUUCUAAUAGGCUCCGGCUUUUCUUGAUACUUGUAAAAAAAAACUUCUAUAUAAUGAUGAUGGAAGAGCAAAGCCAAAGAGAGACAGAGACACAGAGCUUAUAUCAGAGAAUAAAGUGGUGAAGUGGAUUGAAACAAACAAGAUUUUUUUUGUUUAUUCUUAGCGUUGCUCAAAGCCAUGGAGUCUCCUAGGAACCAUGGAGGCCCUGAGGAGGAGGAAAACAGCAGUUGUGAGUCAGGGUGGACUAUGUACAUAGGAGACGCCUUUCAAGGGGAUGAUCAUUCUACUGUUGUUGUUGAUGAUGACAACGAUGAUGAUUCAUAUGUAAAAGAUGCCGAUGAUGGUUAUGAGAAUGACGAUGAUGGUAAAGAGAGUGAUGAUUCAAUGGCCUCUGAUGCAUCUUCAGGGCCUAGCAAUCAGCUUCCAAAUAAAAACAACAAACAUGCAACUAAACAAGUCUACAUUCAAAAACGCCAACCUACAGAGAAAACACUAAGCAAUGAAGGAGAAAAAUCAGAGCACAAAGCUAGAACAAGAACAAGUGCAGCUAGUCGUGUCCAGAGUAGAGGCAAGGUGAGCAAAACUAAAUGAUACUCAUGAGAAGAAUAUAAGGUGGUUCACAUAGAAUCUAAAUCCUGUAAUGAAGAGAGAUGUUUAAGGUCCCUCACCAAUCCUGUAUUUUUUUGUCUUUAAUAAGCCAUGUGUGUAGGUGGUUGUUUUGUUUUCUGUUUGCCUGUAUAUGUUUAUUCUGUCGAUCCA